UGGUUUGACCAUUGUAUAUUACUUAACUAGAGGCACUAAGCCUAGUUUGCAUCGUAACGCCAUUGGUGCUAUUUUGCUUUGUGUGCUUCAUUUCCACCCUUAGCGUUAAGGCCACUUCCUUGCGAUAAUUAAUAGUUCAUUUGCACGCAGUGUAUGGUUUUACGAUUCCACCACAACACCAAACCUCAACAUGCUUUGGUUGAUUCAUUCCACAACAAGCACCUCGUCCAGAAACAGCGAUGACCAGCGCCACGGUAUACAGAAUGAAGCAUAGCGAUAACACUGCUAACCAUCAUCCUGAAGAUGGUACUGCUCCGGUAGUACACGGCCCACCCAGAGCACCAUCGGAAGAGUCAACGUACGAUAGUGCGGAAUCCGAAUACUAUCUUGCCCUCAGCUACAAUGGGUAUGACUUCUUCCGGUGCGUAGUAGAGAUUGCGCUCAGUGUGUCCUUCCUGGCAGCGAACAGCAAUCUACUCCGUCUGCUGAUUAGCUUUAAGGAGACGGAAUCGUUCAUCGUGAGCGAGGUGCUGGUGACCGUUUCGAUCGUACUGCAGAUUCUGGUGGCCAUUUCCAUCGUAACGAUUACGCAAGUGAAUGACCCAAGUCGAUACGCAAAGAUGAAAGCAUGUGCUGUGACGGGUGCGAUUAUCAUUUCUCUCGUAAAUCUGUUGAUCCCGUUCAUGAUCAACGUAGAACACUCGCGGAUUGAUUUGGGCGAGAUCUAUCGAAGUUUCGCUGAACAUCCAGGACAAUAGUGUAGCUAAAAGCGAUAGAAGGAAAACUUAUUUUAAUAAAGCUUCAAGCAUAACAUGUAAAUUCUUUUUAAUCUUA